AGUGUUGUCAGUACUGUACUCAAGCCGCGUAAACGUCAUCCAUGGCUGGACAUCUUCGUCGUAAUAAAAAUAUGUUUGUUACACAGAAGAUAAAUUAACUUUUUUUUUUUUCCUAAUUGCCUAUGGAAAAAAAAUAUUGAGAAAAAAAAAAUUGUAAAUAAUCUACAAAUAGAAAUUUGUAUUAUUUAUCAAACAAUUAAAUGUUUUGAGAAACAUUAAUUUGAAAUUUUAAAAAAAAAAUGCCAACAUUAAAUGAGGACGAAGCCAUGGAAUAUGAAAUUGUCGAUGCUGAAGCAAUAAAAAUGAAAGCAAACAUACAACCAACUAAUGCAGGUGCAACAAUGAUGACAUUUGGUAAUGGAAUGGUAAAAGUACCAAAUUUUAUAAUGACAAAUAUUAAAAAUAUGACAAAUACAACAAAAGUGCCAAAUACAUUUCAAAAUUUGGCAACAACAUCAAAUGCACCAAAAAUGAUACCAUUUAUUAGUAAGCAAAAUUUAAGUGCCGCAAGAAUUUUACAAAAUCCAAAACAAUCAACAUCAAUUCCAACAACAGUGAAAGGUGUUACAAUUAAACAGGAAAUUAAUCCAUCACCUGUACAAGAAUCACCACAAUGGUUAAAUUCACCUUUAAAAAAAUAUGUGGCAAAAAAACGUGUACCAAUGACCGAAUCAACAUCAUCAUCAUCAUCAUCAUUAUCACCAUCAAAAUCAUUGAAUGUCGAAGAUCAUGCUUACGUGAGUAAAUAUCAAAGUCCAAUUAUUACAAUGAAGAGACUUAAUGUACAACAGAAUAAAAUUAAAUCAUCAAAAGUUGCUGAACGUACAUGUCGAUUGUGUCUUCAAAUGAAAGAAUUAUUGACGCCUUUAAUUUGCGGCAAUCGCGCAAAACCACAGUUCAAUAUUUUUUUAAAGGAAUGCUGCUCGAUUCAGGUAACCUCGGAGGAUCCAAUGCCAAAAUCUGUGUGCGAUGAUUGUAUAAAAAAAUUACAAUCGGCAUGGGAUUUCAGGAAUCUUUGUCAAAAAUCUGAUAAUGAAUUACGGAAAUUUUAUAAAUUGCCACAAAAAAUUUAUUCCCAACCACGAGAAGAUGAUUUUACCGAAAAAAUUGAUAAAGCAAUUCAAGUUGAAAGUCACGAUCGUUUGAAAAGAAAGGAACUUCGUGAAUUGGCAAAAAAGCCAAUAAAACAAGAAGUUGAAGAAGCUGUGGAGGAAGUGAAUGAGCUUUAUGAGCAAGAGGAGGAACAAAUAUUACAAGAACAUCCCGAAGAAUUGUUAAUCGAAGCACUUCAAAAAGAGCAGAAUCGUGCAAUAAAAGUUGAUUACACUGAGGAAGCUGAGGAGGGUGAUUUAAAUAAUGAAGAGAAAGAAGAAAACGAUGAUAAUGAUGAAAAUGCAGUUUCAUAUUUUUUCGAAUCAUUCGCCCAAGAAAUAGAAAAUGAAAUAAAUAAUUCAGACACUGAACAACAACAACAAGAACAACAAGAAGAACAAAUGAUUGAAUUAAAGGAAGAUAUAUCCGAUGCACCGGAAACAACUGAAGUAAUUGAAAAUAUCGAAAAUAUUCAAGAGGAAACAAAAAAACGUUCAACGAAACGUAAGAAAAAAUCACAAAAUGAUGAGAAAGAAAAAUAUCUUUGUCAUAUGUGUCCACGUGUUUUUACAUCAAAAGCAUUUCUCGAGAGACAUUCCAAUUUUCAUCUUGCUGAAAAAAAUCAUACAUGCGAAACAUGUAGUAAAGUAUUUAAAACUGAGGAGAAAUUAAAGACACACAUGAGGAUACACGAUAAAACAAAACGUUUUGAAUGUGAAGUUUGUGGUUUAAAAUAUGUUUAUGAAUAUUUGUUGAAUUCACAUUUACGUUUACAUGGCAAAGGAAAACCAUUAAGUACAGAGAAACAUUUUUUGUGUGAAGUUUGUAGUAAAACAUUUGCCUCACAAUCAGGUUUGAAACAUCAUCAAAAACUUCAUAUGGACUUGAAACCAUAUAAAUGUCGUUUUUGUGAGAAAACAUUUACAAUGCCAAUUUAUCGUAAGAAACAUGAAUUGAGACAUUCAGAAACAAGACGAUAUAGUUGUCAUUUAUGUCCAGCGACUUAUCAUUCAACAAAUGGUCUUACAAAUCAUUUAUUAUUGCAUACAGGCGAAGCACAUUAUCAUUGCAAAACAUGUGGUAAAUCAUUUAGACGUCGUAAAUAUUUGAAUGAACAUAUGUUCACGCACACCGGUGAGAAACCAUAUAUUUGUAAAAUGUGUGGCAUUGGCUAUGGGAAUUCGGGUAGUUUGUUUGCUCAUCAAAAACGUUGUCGAGCACAAUUUGCCGAGGAUGUGACGAGAAAUGUUGUCGAGGAAGUUGUUGAAGCUGAAACAAUGAUUGAAGAAUAUUUCGAAGGCGAGGAGGAAGAAGAGGAACAAGAAGAAGGAGGAGAACAAGAAGAGGAGGAUGAGGAGGCGGAGCAGAUUAUAUGAAAAUAAGUUGUUCAGUUAUUUUAGUGACGUAAGUGUAACUUUAAAUUUACACUUAUUUUUUUUUUCCAAUUUAGUAAUAGUUUUAAUUGCUAAAUAUUCUAAUUAAGGCUCAUUUACAUAUUUCUGCAGAAUUGUCUGAUAUUUAAUAAAAAAUAAAUGCUUUAAUAAA